AUGUCUCAAACCACUACUCGACCAAAGAGGAAAGCGGCAACAAACAAAUUCUAUAAUGACUCGUUAGAGCUGCAACUAGAUUACGAGCUGUCAGCUUCCUCAGUGGUAUCAACGAAUUCAAGUACAACAUCAACCCCAAGAUCGAAUUCCAGUAACAAAAGAAAGAAGACCAAUCCCUCUACAAAGAAAUUAGUGGCUCAAGAUAGCCCGAAUGUGAAAACAUCCAGCGAUUGCCUAACAUCACAGGUUCCCUACAACUGGCAACCUCCGCCUACUCAAGAAGACUACUUUUCAAACAAGCUAGAUUUGACUGAUGCAUAUAUUGAUUUGAGAACCCAGACACUAUACUGCCCACAUCAGGAUGAUUCAGUAUCCACCAAUCAUAAGAGGGGAAGAAACACCAAACCAUUCUCGCUUUCCAAAGGUCAGUGUAUUUAUAUGAUUAGUGAACCUCCUGGUGAGCCUUACUACAUUGGGAGAAUACGAGGCUUCACCAACAAUAAAUACCACAAGUACAAUGAUUCAUCCUUGGAAUCAAACACUGCUGAAGAGCUAACAGUGCCUGCUAAAGGUUACCAAUUUCUUAUACAGUGGUUUUUUAGGCCUCGUGACGUUUCAAAAGCAACAUCCGAUUCACGGUUGCUUUACGCCACGAUGGAUUCUGACGCUUGUCCAUUAGCAAGUUUUCGCGGGAUUGUUAAUGUACAGUUGAAGCAGGACAUAGAAGAUAGCUACAACGGACUCAAUUCACAGGUUCCAAAUAAUCGAAAAACGCAAUCAAAAUCGCAAACUCCAACCGGCAACAAUUCUUCUAUUGAAUCGUACGUGCAACAGCCAAAUUGUUUCUACUUUGAUCGUUUGUACGAUAGAUACAUGAUCCGAUCUUAUGAUGUUUUGCUGACGGAAAAUCUUUUACAAUAUGCUCAAGUGGAAAACAGCAAGUCAAGGAACUUCCUAAUUGCAUUGAAUAAGCGAUUUGAGUACAUAUUUUGCGAGACACAUAGGACGAAAUCAUUGAUCAACUCAUUCAAAGCCAAUACUUGUAAUUGUGACAUCUGUGGAUUGUGGUGCGAUGGAGCAGACUCGAUAAAUUGUGUCGAGUGUGACAAGUACUUCCACAUGUAUUGUCUAGAUCCACCCUUGCAAAAGAAACCCAGUCGUGGGUUUUCAUGGUCAUGUGCCGUUUGCGCAAAGAAGCACGAGAUUGAGUAUCAUCAAAAGAAAAUCUUGAUGCUCCUGCAUGACAAUAAAUCUUCAAAUCAAGAGAGUCUAGAGGAAGAGUUGAGUGCAUUGGAGUCUUUAGAAGCCGAGGUGAAAGAUUUAGACAAAGACCAAUCCAUGGAGGUCAAUUCCGUUGACGCAGUACUUCCUCGAUACGAAAUUAUGGCAAAGGAGUUUUUAAAGAAUGAUGCUAACACAUCUUUCGAAGAACGGAGAAGACUUAAAGAGGAAUGGUGUAUGAGAUAUCUUGGAUUGAAUGCAAAAUUAGAGGAAGCUGUAGACUUGGAUGACAAAUCACCGUACCCUCGAGCAUCAACCAGGGUAGGAACCAAACAUCAAGCUGUUUAUAUCCCCGAGUGCAACGGUCAUCCAAUCGUUUACUACGACGUUGAAAAAUCACCAAAGAAGAAGCAACCCAGCAACAAGUCGAAAAGCAAAGAGAAGCAAGACGAGAUUCAAAAAUUAAUGGUCCCUAAGGAGUUUCAAGAAUGCGACCCAAAAGAAUAUCCCGAGUGGUUACAGCCACGACCUAAGGGAUACAUUGAACGUGGAGUUGAUGAUGGAGCUGGGGUGACGUGUACAUUACUUUGGAAAUCAUCGGCAAAAGACAUUGCAGACAAUUUUGAACACCUUGACGCUUUUGUUGCGCAAUGUGCACCCAUUGCUGAAUCGCUUGGACUUUGUCCCAAUUCGCCCAAUUUUUGUGAUGCAGUGGUUCACCUGUACAUGGUACACAAUGGCAAUACUGAUAAAGCAUUCGCAGAUGUUGCAAAAUUAGACAAGAAGAAACUCAAGGAGCCAGUUUUCAAUAGAGAAGAGAUCAAGAGGUUCGAAGCUGGAGUUCGGGAGUUUGGAAGUGAGUUGUAUUAUGUCCAAAAGAAAGUUCGUACGCAGCCACUACACGCAGUGGUGCGUUUUUACUAUCUUUGGAAAAAGACUAAGAAUGGUCGACAAAUUUGGGGCAAUUUUGAAGGUCGAACAAAAAAACUGCACAAUCCCGUAAAACUAGAGCAGAAUGAGAAAAAACCAGAGCAUAUAAUCAUUGAUGAUUUGGCUAACCCCGAUGACGAUUCGUCGUAUGAGAAUGAUAAGAUACACGCGCAUGGGUCUCAAUUUGUUUGCAAGCAUUGUGGAAAUACUUCAUCAUUUCAAUGGUUUAGAAUAUCUGGACAUGAUGCCAAAAAGUUGGAUGACUUUGGGAAUGUUGUAGCCUUGUGUUUUCGAUGUGCCAAGUUGUGGAGAAGGUAUGCCGUGGUAUGGGAGACACCAGAAGAAGUGUUUAAAAAGGUUUCAAAAUCCAGUGGUUGGCGGAAGGGAGUUGAAAGUGAGUUGAUAAAUGACGCAAACGCUAUAUUACGGUUUGCUGAAAUGUCCAAUGUGGCAGUCUCACCCGAUGUGAAGAAUGAUCCGCUAGUGGAUAUCAAACAAGAGCCUAUCAUUGAAAAGAGAGCAGAUUCUAAGAGAAAGUUGACUACUUCUGCAUCCAGCGCCACGACGCCAAAAGCAAUCAAAUUGGAGCACGCUAAAAUUGACAAGAAUGAGUUGAAAAUUCAAAAGCAGGAUACACGACCGUUGCCAAGGAUUGAUGAAUUGAUCGCCAAGAACUUAGGAACACCAACUAAGAAUGUGCUUUUCAACCAAAAUUACUUAGUUCCAAGGUCGAUCCGAAUACCAAAAAAGUUGACAGCAGAAGAGGCUGCAACCACAAUUGGUCCCAUUGUUGAUAAUCAUCGAGAGAUUCAACUAGCCGAUGUUUACACCCCGCUUGUACCACUCCAAACUCCACACUUGACAUCGAUUGAGUUACCAUUCAAACCACAAGAACGAAAGUGUUGUGUUUGUAGAGAACAUGACACGACCAAAUCAGCGCUUUUGGAAACGUUGAUUUGUGCCAAUUGUGGAGUCAACGUUCAUGCAUCAUGCGCUGGGUACUCAGUUCCCGAGAAAUUAAAACCGUUAAAGGAAUGGUUAUGCGAGCCUUGUACAAAUGAUAUGCGACCAAUUAACAAUGCCAUUUACUCGUGUUGUUUGUGCUUGGCCCAUGAAACUAAUUUCGAGUUGUGUCUUCUUGGGUCACCACACGUGAGACCUGAUUUUUUGAAACCUACUGCCGAUGGAAGAUGGAGUCACUUGUUAUGUGUUAUUUUCAAUAGCGAAUACGCCAGCUUUAAGAAACCGAACAACUCAGUAGCGCAUAGCUUCUUGACACUUGAUGAUGUAACGAAAGUGUAUUUGAAUAAUUGCAAAUUGAAAUGUGGUAUCUGCCAAUCAUACAAUGGGGCAUUAGUUCGUUGCGAUCUUUGCGAGACUCCAACAUACUAUCAUCCUACUUGUGCACAAGAUACUCCAAAUUACAAAUUGGGUUUCAAGUUGGAGGCUGGUGUUAAAUCCUCACAAAAUGUCAAGGUGGAUGAUAAAGUGGGUAAAUUGAGAUCAAUUUUGGUUUGUCCCAAACAUGAUCAAUCAAAAGACACCAUUCUUAAUUUCCGAACGUUGGGGAAAAGGGCUACUGGUAGGGAUAGUGAAAGCAAACCCAUUAUUCAGUUGUUUUUGGAAGAUAUUAUAAAGCUAAGCAAACCGGUUUCUAGUGGAUCCCAUGCAAAGGCGUUACGUUAUAUCGAACAUAGAAAUUUGUAUUUUGGAAAGUCACAUAGUGGAGAUGGGAACUUGAACAGUAGCAUGAAGCGCAAGACUUGUUUACAAUGCUCAACAGACAUGUCACCAAUAUGGUGGCCAGCUGAUUCAGGAAAUAGUUACCAUGUUGUUUGUCAAACUUGCCACCAUAAUGGUAAGCUUACAGAGUCCAAAGCUAAUGAGUUGCUUGAUUUAUCGAAACCCUUGAAUGGAGAAUAUUACGGCAUCAAGGAUGAAAAUGAUUCAGUGAGGAAUGUCUACCAUUCAGAGCCUAUAAACGAGGCUUCAUUGGCAGCUCCUGUUGAAACUACUAGAUCAAAGAUUUCAUUAGGUGAUAUACUUAUUUAG